AUGGCUGACAAUCCUGAUCAGAUCUACUCGGCCACCUACUCCAAUGUCCCAGUAUUUGAGUUUGUGACGGAAGAGGGCCCAAUUAUGCGUCGAAAGUCCGACUCAUGGAUCAACGCCACGCAUAUCUUGAAGAUAGCCAAGUUUCCUAAGGCUCGUCGAACAAGGAUCUUGGAAAAAGACGUCCAGACGGGCAUCCACGAAAAAGUCCAGGGAGGUUACGGUAAAUACCAGGGAACGUACGUUCCGCUCAACUUGGGCGCCGAAAUCGCUAAGACUUUUGGCGUAUUUGAUAUUUUACGGCCCAUUUUUGAAUUCGAGUACGUGGAAGGUAAGUCCGACACUCCUCCACCAGCUCCGAAACAUAACCAUGCGUCUGCUUCCAACGUGGCUCGUAGACAACAACAGCAGCAGCGAAAGGCCGAGGCAGCCCUCCAGGAUGAACAUUCUGCCAAACGAAUGAAAGUUUCUGCUAGCGAAGGUACUGAAAUACUGAAAAAGAGAGGAAGACCUAAAAGAGUCGCUUUGACUGCCAGAGAAAAACCAGAUUUGCGCCAUAGCAGGACAAUGCCAGUAGAGUCCAGUGGACCCAGCAUGGGCACUUUCAAUGCUCGCAGAGAACUGUCAUACUCGCAAUCACUGCAGUUACCUCCCCUAAUGCGUCAGGACACCGAGAGGGACGCUUUACAAAUUAUGGCCAGCAAUUUGAACGUUAAGCGAGAGGAUCUUGAGGCAGCUAGCAGUGAUAACGAAGAUCAUGGACCAGGCAACACAUUGCGUCCUGACUUUGGCCUCAAAGACACCGACGAAGACGAGCUAAUGUCUGGGCGAGAGCUAUUCGGAUCGCGAGACUCCUUUGCUACACGCGAUUCGUUCGAAAAAAUUGUCCACAUGCAUAACAAGCACUCUCGGAGCAUGAAUCUGAACAACAUUCCUCGUUUGUUAAGUCUCAAUGGCAGCGUUUCUGCUGAUGGUUACGGCUUGAACCAAUACCAUCACAACAACCAUUUCACGUCACAGUCGCCAACAACUAGCAUCAGAGGAGAUCCUGAAUCAGUGGAAUACUUUAAUACUUUGCUUAAUUUUUUCUUGGAAGAUGAGGGUUCGCCCACUCAUUCUGUCAAGGGCCACAAUGGCAAUUUGGAGCUCCCCGAAAGCAUCUUGAACCCACCGCAGCCAUUGAACAAAAUCAACAUCAACCAAGCCAUUGAUAACGACGGAAAUACUAUCUUUCACUGGGCUUGCUCCAUGGGUAACAUCGCAAUGAUUGAGUUUUUGUUGUCCAUUUUCACGAAUUUCAUCGACAGUCAAGUUAAGAACUAUCAUGGAGAAACGCCGUUAAUGUUUUUGAUACAAUUCAAUAACAGCUUUCAACUCAAAAAUUUUCCUGCCAUUCUUGACCUUCUUUUUGAUUCCAUUUUGUCGGUCGACAAUUAUGGAAGAACAGUUUUGCACCACAUUGUUCUCGCGUGUAGUUCGGGCCGCAAAGAUGUAUCCUUACGAUCAGGAAAAGAUGAUGAGCCUCGUAAGAAGAAAGAGCGCUUCUCAAAGUACUAUAUGGACGUUGUCUUUGGCAAGAUCAUUGAGUUCCCCGACUACCAACUACUGCAAGGUAACGAGAACAGAAAUCUAGAGGAUAAGAAAGAGCUCAUUGCCAAGUUCAUUAAUCACCAAGAUAAUGAGGGUAACACUGCGUUUCAUAUUGCAGCUUACAACAUGACCAAGAAGUUGAUUAAAAUAUUCAUCAGUCACCACAAGUAUAUUGACUUUGGCUUGAAGAACUUGGUCAAUUAUACUAUUGAGGAUUACUUGGCAUCGCACAACUAUGUGCUACGUUUGGAGAAUGGUGAGGAUGAAUUAGUUCCUACUCAGGAGGAUAAGCACCAGAUUAAACCCACCUUGUUUCCAGCCGAACAUACGCAGAGUUUCGAAUCGCAGUUGCACAAGACCAAUUUGGCCAUCAAUUUGCAGAAUUCGACAGCAAACAUCAUCACAGAAAAGCUAAGUGAAUUAGCAUUUGCCAUAGACAAAGAACUUGGAGAAAAAGAUGACAAGUUGCUCGCACUUUACAAGGUAUUCCGCUUCAUUGCUUAUGACAAGUUCCGCUCGCAAAAGGCAAUUCUUGAAAUCUUCAAUCUUGAUAACUUAGUGGAAGACAUUGAGAAGGACUUCGAAACCAGCACGGAUGAUUUAUCCAAACCUGGAAACACUGAGUCUUUGGUUAUUGAUGGAUCUAGAGAUAAGAUUAUUCAAGACGAGAUCAGUCGACUUCACAAUGACUUGCUCUUCCAAUAUCUCAGCAUCAAGGAUGAAAUUGACUUUGAGCUCAAAAGGUUCACCUACAUAAUGGAAAAUCUCGCUUCUCAGCGGUUAGCGGAGUUGGAGAAUAAGUUCAAAGUUGCGGGGAGUGAAGAAGAAAGUGAUGAACAAAAGCUAGAACUUGCUACAAAGUUGCAACAGGAGAUUCUCAAGCGCGUGGAGUUGUCUACUCGAGUAUACGAAGAAGGCAGCAAGGUGCCAGUAUUGGUUCAAAAUCCAGACGAGUUCAAAGAGAAUGUUGAUGGAGACGAAAAUUCUGACGGCAACAGUUCGGGGCAUCGAGAAAAAGAAGUGACAUAUCCACAGUCAUCUGAGGCUGGCACGAAGUCUGCCAUUGCUGACUUUCCUCAGGUGGACAAGCUUUAUAAGUACUGCAAGUUAAUCUCUUUAAGCUGUGGCAUGUCAUUUUCGGAGGUUGAGAACUCCAUUGAUCUCAUCGAGCAGUCGCUUGAGAAGUCUGCUUCGAACUCAACUGCAUAG